UUUUUUAUAUCAAGGAAGCUUGAAAAUAAGAACAUAUAAAUUUUUGUAUGCAAAACCGCCACAAAAAUGUUCGUCAUUGCUCUCGCAUUCAUCAUCAUCGCGACAUCUUCAGGUCAAUUUCAGUUCGAUCGGUUCGGCAAUCCGAUAUUCCGGCCGUUCGGAUUCGAUGAGCCGGCGACCGAGGCUCCGGACCCCGCAGCGACUGUGGGGAACUUGUCGUGCUUCUCGUGCUCGCUGGACUUCAAGACAGGCUACGACAGCUUACACCCGUGCCUGGGCAGGCAUGGCGAGGCCGUCCAUCCCGACUACCUCGUCAACUGCGGAGUACGCGACAUUUUCUGUAAGGUGGAGCGCACAGAAAUAAAUGGCGUACUGACGACGCUGGCGAGAUCGUGCAUAGACACCUGCUACUUCGGGUGCAGACCUCGCGGCCUGGGCAUCUACGUGGAGGUGUGCGCCAAGUGCUGCAACACCGACGCCUGCAACGACUUCUACCCCGGCAUCGACAUCGGCGGAUGAGCGGCCGCGCCGGGCAGUUCCGUGGCCGCGAAACUGUCCAUCAGUGUUGCCGCUGGGUCACUAAUGCUGGUGAUAACUGCAGCACUCUUGCACCAGUUGUUCAGUGAUUUUUGUCAAGUGAUAACUGAUUAUUCUGUUGUUGUUUCCUGUAAUAUGAAGAGUGCACUUUAAGCAUUAUUCCACUAAUUAGGAGCAGCGGGUCAGUUCAAGAACGUCAGCUUGAGAUUUCGGAGAAGAUGGGCGAGUCACCUUGAGCCUUUAUUUACUAUUGAUCGAUUUAAACUAUUGAUACGGAAAUGGUAAGCACAUGUGAAACCCAUCAAAAAGCCAGCACCUGAUGAAAAUAUUCAGGGAUUUUCUUUAAACUGACGUACGAGAAACACUCAAUUGAAAUUGUUUAUAUCGAAAGAUAUUUUUCCGUAGGAGGCUGCAAAGAGAUGAACAGCGCAGAUAAACUCGAGCUUCCAUUGCACUAGCCAAAUGAAAGAAGAGAAUCCUGAUUUGAACAUUCGAAAGUAGUGAUCUUUAUUGAUAUUAUUUUCUUUGGUUGUUGUUGGGGGCGAAGAUACAACCGCUUUGCCCGACAUCGGGCUCUCUUUUUCAUCGUAGAAAAGGAAACAAGUACCUAAGAGUUUCAUGGAUCAAGAUAAAGCAUAUAAAAUAACGAAGAAUGUUAUAUUACGAGUAGACUGCGUUAAUUUCAUAUUAAAUUAUAUUAUCAUAAGAUAGCUAAGCGAAGUACCUACCCGACUACACAACAAAUUCAGGAAUUUAUUCGCUGAUGUAGACGUUGUUUGGCAUAUUUUCACACUGGUAUACGCACCAGAAUGUGUGACGGAGUUAAGAUGCCAGAACAGGGUUAAGGGAGUCAUUAUUUGGACAUGAAUAGCUAGCUCCUUCUUCUAUUCAUCGCCUUCAUUGCAUCGUUCUCAAAGUUUCAGCUGUAAUUUCAUGCCAUUGAAGAGUUCGCUUGGCUGAAGAUAUUGAAACGUGACAACGGUGACUUACAGGAGGCUUUCGAUGAAUCAGUUGAUGAAAUUCUUGUUACUCUAUGUGAGGAGAUGAAAAAUUGUGUCAAUCAACAUUGGGUGUGGGUAAAAAAUAGGGUAGGAUGACGAGAUAACUUGUAAACAUCAUCGACUUUGUUUUGUGAACUUUAAUGGCAGCACAGUUACGUCUGUACCGCUCAUGGCUGAUUCAGUCCUACUCAUGUCACUUGCCCGGGUAUAAAAUCCAUUUUUGUAACUUCAUGCUCUGUUAAUUGCUCCAGGCCACUGGAUAAGAAAAAUAAACGAAAAUUUCGAUCAGCUAAUAUUAGCUUUAAUUACCAUUAGCUUGUAUUGUUCCC